GCAGAUUACAGACCGCCGAUAGAAGUACUCCCUUACUUCACGCCGCUCAAGCCCUCAAGAUACAUAACACCCUGAUACUACCCAUCUGAGAUUGGCAGAGUUGAACAGUCGAUGCUUCUCAUUACAACAUCUCAGAAGACGCUCUCUUCCAUUCAGUAAAAAUGAAAUACACUCUCCCGAAUGCCCAUGUGGGAGAACAAGACUUGGCAGGGAAGUUUGCUAUUGUCACCGGCGCCUCCAGAGGUCUGGGGCGCGGCAUAGCCUUCCACCUCGCCUGCCGGGGCGCGAGCAUUUUAGCGACAUGCUCUAAUGAGACCUCGCUGAGGAAUGUCAUCUCCUUGCAGGAGGAGAUUGCGCUUCUCUAUCAAGAGCAGAAUCCUCACAACCACGUCAUUCCACGAGUCUUCGGCGUGGUUGCGCCUCUCACAGAGCCUACACAAUGCUGCGACAGCAUCGUGGCUGGAGUGAAGCAACAUUCCAGUGGCACUGUCAACAUCCUUGUGCAGAACGCAGCCCUGCAAGAGACAAUGCCAAUUGAAGGCAUUGAUGAAGGACAUGUACGUCGCAUGCUGACAGCGAAUAUAUCGACCGCAGUUCAACUCGUUCAAGCCCUGCUGCCGCACUUCGCCCCGGAUAGUCGCAUCGUCAAUAUAUCGUCUGAGGGAGCACGCCAGAGUCAGCCAGCCCCAGUGACAUUGCUCUACGGGGCCUGUAAAGCAGCGCUAGAGUCCAUGACAAGGGUUUGGGCGGACGCACUGGGAACAAGGGCUGGUAUGGAGAGGACGACCGUAAAUUCGCUAAUUGUCGGGGUCACGAAGACGGGCGACACCGCGAACGGAUUACCUGAAGGCCUCCCUGAUAUCGAACCCGUCCGGCAACUCAUACAGUCAAAGAUGGAAGCGUGCAGCGUAGAUAGGAGGCUGGGCGAGGUUGGUGAUGUUGUUGAAGUUGUGGGCUGGCUGUGCUGUGAGAAGAGUCGAUGGGUAUCCGGGAGCGCCGUAUGCGCUAACGGGGGAACCGUCAAGAUAUUGUGAAAGGGUAGUCGAUCCUAGCAACGAGGGAACAGCAAACGAGGUGCAAACGAGGUGCAAUUCUACAACUGAGCUUCUGACAAAUGGCAAACCCAAU